UUCCAAAUACUUAUGCUCAUAUGGUAUUCUGUACUCCCAUUAUGGCUUAAUAGUCUCUCGCCGGACGAUCAAACAAUGCAACAUUUGCAUGCGAAAACGCAAAAUUCAUUUGUGUUUCCAGUGAGCCAUCUCCAUUAACAAGUGAGCCGUAGAAGCAUACGGUUGUGUUUUUUCUAAAAUUGCGAAAGAAAAUAACAAACAAACGAAAAUGAUUAUCAAAAACGAUAAAAAUAUUGUGGUGCCGGACUAUUUGAAUGAAGCAUUUUUUGUGUGUGCUUUGGAAGAGGGUUUGCGCGACAUAAAAAUAGUGAUACGUGAAGUAGAGUUUGCUUGGGGCAGUAAACCGGGAGAAAACUAUUGCUCAAGCAUUUAUCGUUGUACGGUUACCUAUGACUGUUGUGGCGAGUACCCAGUGCAGGGUCAGAAAUUGCAUCUCAUUGUCAAGGCCAUUCCUGUUAUAUCGGAAACAGUAUUUUUGGAAGAUGUGGGUGUUUUCAUAAAAGAGAAGUUGGUCUACAGUGAUGUGUUGCCACGUCUGGAGGUUUUGAGCAAAAAUGAUAAAUUUGGAGCAAAAUUUUUCUAUACCACCAAAAGUCCUUUGCCCAUAAUUGUUUUUAAUGAUUUGAAAACUGAGGGUUACCAACUUGCCUCGCGCCAAAAAGGACUCGAUUGGCAUCAUUCAUCAUUGGUCUUAAAACAAUUGGCUAAAUUUCAUGCCACUUCCAUGGUGUUGUUGAAAAAAGACCCCUGCAUUGCAAAACGCUUUACCAAAGGCAUGUUGUGCGAAGAGACCAUUUUGAAAAGUGAUACCUUCUUUCAUAUGUUUGGCGGCUAUUUGAAUCAGUUGAUAAAAACCUCAGCAACAUGGCCUGGUUAUGAGAACAUCAAUACGAAGCUCCAGAAAUACUAUAACAAUUUUAAAGAGAUAACCUAUAAACUGGCCAAGCCUAAGGAAGGUGAUCGCUUUAGUGUGAUUAAUCAUGGCGAUUUGUGGUCUACGAAUUUUAUGUUUGGCUAUGAUGAUGAAUUGGAACCAACGAGGCCCACUAGGUUGAUUUUCGUCGACUUUCAACUCACCAUACAUGGUAGUCCUGCAAUUGAUAUUAAUUUCUUUCUCAACACCAGUGUACAAUUGGAUGUCCUAAAGACAAGGCGGCAGGAACUGAUAGAAGUUUACUAUAAAGUCCUCGUUGAGAAUUUGGAGUAUUUGCGUUAUGAACCCAUACCUAGUUUUGAAGAUUUGCAAUAUGAGCUGCGUUCCAGAGAGUUAUAUGGAUUUUUUGGUCUCUUUGGCUUUUUACCCAUGGUUACCAUGCCAGAGGAUUUAUCGAAUGAUGCAAGCAUUGAAGCUUUCACCAAUGAGGAAUAUAAGGCAAGAAAGUUGGCUGAUGCCUUUAGCAGAGAGCAACUGCAAAAUUAUAUGAAAUUUGGUUUGAAACGUUAUGCUGAUUUGGGAGUAUUGGAUGAAUUUUAAGUUGUGGUCGUAUGGUGUUUUUUUUUCCAAUUGUUAUUAAGUACAAAUUGUUGAAUAUAAAGGCUUUGGUUAGAAAAUAAAAGAAAUUUAUAUUUCGACAUACAAUCUA